AGUAAAGUAAAAUUACCAUUUACUUAAUCAAUAUUAUUUUCUUCAAAUAAAAGCAGUCUUAUACUUGUAUGCAUUUCCAAAUUACUAAUUACAAUAUGAAAGCAGUUUAUCGAUAUUUGACAUCGUGAGAUCUACAUAUUAAAUUUGAAAUAAAUAAAGCAGCUACUUUGUAUCCUUGUGCGUCAACAUGGACGAUGUUACGCUACCACUGUACUUGGAGCCGAUGCAACAGAAUGAGUUGUGUGACAAGAGACUUUGGAUCGGCAAUCUUGAUACACGAGUUAAUGAGUAUCAAUUACUGAAAAUGGUCCGUGUGUAUGGAAACAUCGAAAAGUUUGAUAUGCUGUUUCAUCGGAGUGGCCCCAACAUUGGCCAACCACGGGGCUUUGCCUUUGUUACGUACAAGCUGAGACAGGAUGCUAUUAACGCCAUGAACUCACUGAAUGGCCAACUCCUUGGCACCAAAAGGAUUUGUGUAAAAUUUGCUAAGAAUAUGGCAGAAGAUCAAGAUAAACCAAAACCAGAACUAGGUAUAGCUGCAUUGGCAGGAGCAAAACCGGAAUUAAAACUCAGUAAAAAGACUGCCAUCCAGUCCAUUGAGGCCAAACUAAAGAUGAUGGAAAGUAUGAAGCCGGGCGAUGACUUUGUUAUAAAUAAGUUGGCAGCGAAUGAAACUCCAGUCAUUGCUCAAUAUCAGACGAAACAGCAUCAGCCACCCAAUAAGUCUGCCAGUUCGUUUAGGCGACGACAUCCGUACCAUAAAAAAAGAUAAUCAUGUUAAGUCUCUCUAACCUGUGACAAAUAAUAAUAAUCCUGGACAAUUCACACAACGCCGUCUAGUCCCAAGCCAAUCAGAGCUUGUGUUAUGGGCACUAGACAACAGAUAUAAAUACUUAGUUACUUUAUUUUGUAAAUACAUACAUGAAAGACCUAGAAAAUACUCAGCAAUCGUACUUAUGAGUAGCUAUAUAAACCGUGCGAGGAAUCGAUCCUGCGAACAUCGGUAGUAUGACGGAUAGAUAAAAGAUUUGUUGAUGUUAUACAAAUACAAAUAAAAUAUCAGAUUUUUCUGGUUC